AUGGUGAAAAGUAAAAUUUUAAUUAAUAGAAUUAACAAAAAUAUAAAGAAUAAAAUAAGAAAACUAAAUAUAAAAGGAGUUGAUAAGAUUUCUUUUAUGAAUAAUUCAGCUACUAUUUUUUAUGAUGAUAAUAUUGUAGAUAUAUAUACAAUAAUAGGAAAAAUAGAAAAUCUUGAUAUUAAUGGACAUUUUGUAGAAGAUAAAAACGAAAAUGUAAAUAAUAUAGGUAUAAAAAAUAAAAAAAAAUAUAAUGAAAAAUUAACUACAUUUAGUUUUUAUUCAAAUACUAAAGAUACACAAGAAGAUUUAGUAAAUGAAGAAAAAAAAAUAAAAACAACAUAUGAAGAAGCAGAAACAAAUAUAUGUCAAAUAAAUAAUAAUGACUUAAAUAUUAUUAAGAAUAAUAAAGAAAAAAUUGAUAUUACUAAUAAUAACAUAAUAUUAUCAAAUGAUAAAAUAAGUUCAAAUUCUGAUAGCACAUAUAUAAAAGAUUGCAUUAAGGAUAGUGAUAUUAAUAUUUAUAAAAAAGAGAAAUUAAUUAUUAAUUCAAAUUCGAAUUUAAAUGAAAAUAAUGAUAAUAAAAAUGAGGAAGAAAAAAGUAAACAUUUAAAUUAUAAAACAAAUAAAGAUGUUGAAAAAAAUAAAAAAUUUAGUAAUAGUGAAAAAAAUAAAGAUGAUACAAUAAUUAAUAGUAUAACUAACAAAACCAUUAAUUAUUCUGAAAUUCCUAUUCAUUGCAACAAUGAAAAUGUAACUGAUGAAGAAAAAGGAAACAAAAAUGAAAGCAAUGACGUUAUUAAUUUAUUAACUCAUUUAAAAAAUCAAAAGAAAAAUUUAUAUGAAAAUAAUGACAUAAAUAUAGAUAAAAAUAAUUUGUUAUCAAAAAAAAAUAAAAGCAACAAUGUUUUUUACGAUUAUGAAAAUUAUAGAGAUAGAAUGAAUAUAUUUGUAUGUGAAUUAAAAAUAUAUAAUAUGACUUGUGAUAAUUGUGGAAAAAAAAUUAUAAAUUUUUUGAAAAAUAAAAAUUUGAUUAUAGAGGGUAAUAGUUUUGCUACAGAAAAAAAAAUAAAAUUAAAAAUAAAUAUAUCUGAAAACAAAUUACAAUGUUACAAUAUUAAAAAUUAUGUGAAUAAAAUAAUGGAAGAAAUAAAGGAUAGUGGUUUUAAUAACGAUUUAUUAGAUGUAUAUAAAGAUGAUGAUAAUAAUUGUAAUCUUUUUGAAAUAACUUUAUAUGUUUAUAGAGAUGAUGUAAUAAAAUCAUAUGAAUUGUUAAAAAAUAUAAAAGGAAUAAAAAAUGUAGAGUAUAAUGUUAAAAAAGAAUAUAUUUAUAUUUUAUAUAAUCCUGAGAUAAUUGGAAUAAGAUAUAUAUUAGAAGAAUUAAAAAAAAAAAAAAAUAUUGAUGCAUAUUACGAUGAAGACAAAGAGAGAUAUUUUAAAUCUACGAAAAAUAAUGAAAAAGAUAAUAUGUGGAAGUUGAUAGAAUUAAUUUUCUGUUUUAUUUUGAGCUUUAUUAUUAUUAUGUUAAAUAAUUACCAGAUGAAUAUGGGUUAUAUGAAUAACUUUUACUCCGAUAAAAUUUAUAAUAAGUACACUCCGAGUGAAUCAUUGAAUAUGGGAUUAAUUAAGAAUAAUAUUUCUCUUAAUUUAAAAAAAUAUAAUUUUAACAAUUCUAAUAAAAUUUUUAAUACUAAAUGUAAUUUAUAUAAAAAUGAAGAGAAUAAUUGCAAAAAAGGAUAUAAUGUGAAUUAUAAGAAUAUGAAUGAAACUUCUAAAUUUAAUAAUUCCAAAUAUCCUAAAAAUAUUGAUACUGGUUUUAGUGAAACAUUAAUUCCUAAUGAUUAUGAGAAACAUGAUAGAGAUAGUUUUAAAAUGGGAAAUUCGAAUUCAGAAGACCCUAAAGAUGUUAAUACAAAUUUCAUUGAAACCAUUAAUUCAGAUAAUGAUAAAAUUAAUAAUUUAGAUAAUUUUGAAAAAGAUUUUAAUAAUUUACAUAAUUCAAAACAUAAUAAUAUAAAUAAUUUAAAAGAGUUUGAUUCAUAUAUGAAUGAGACUGUUACUUCAGAUGGGAAACAUAAAAAUACAGAAACAAAUAAAAAAAUAAAAAAAGUGGAUAAGAAAAAAUCAAAUAAAUUUAUAAAUGAAAAUUCACAUAUUCGAAAAGAUAUAGGAAAGAAUGAUAGUAAUUUAAAGGAAGCACAAAAAAAUACUAGUAAAGGAAGAAAAUUAAGAAAAAUAUUAAAUAAAUUAAUUAUUUACACAUUUAAUAUAAAUUUAGAUACUAAAAUUUUUCCAAGUUUAACCAUAAGAUUAUUACUAAUUUUUCUUUUAAGUUCAUUUGUUUAUAUCUAUUAUGGCUUUAAUUUUGUUUUAAAUGGAUAUAAAAAUUUAAAGAAUAAAAUAAUUAAUAUGAAUGCUUUAAUUUCUAUUAGUUCCUCUUUUUCUUAUUUUUAUUCACUUUUUCUUUUAUUAUUUUGUAUAAUUUUUUCAAUCGACGUAGAUGGUAUUCCAUUAUAUUUUGAUUCAUCAGCCUUAUUAAUAUGCAUAAUGAAAUUCGGGUUUGAAAUUGAAAAUUAUUUAGUAGGUUUUACAAAAAAAAAAAUUGAAAACUUAUAUGAGAGUAAAACAAAACAUGUUUAUAUUUUAGAGAAAAAUAAAAUUGAAGAAAAAAAAAACAAAUAUGAACUAACGAAAUGUAUGGACUCAGAAUUAGAAGAUAGAGGAAAUAAUAUUUCUAAUAAUAAUAAUAAUAAUAAUAAUAAUAAUAAUAAUAAUAAUAAUAAUAAUAGUAAUAAUAUUUAUAAUAUUAAUAAAACAUGUAAUAAUAUUAUUACAAAUAAAAAUAGUAGUGGUAGUAAUAAUGAUUUUAAUAAAGAUGCUAUAACAACCCCUUUUUCUUGCAAUAAGUUUAUUUUUGCAAGUAAUGAUUUUAAUAAUGAAGACAAAAAGGAUUUAUUCUUUAAUUACUCUUUAGAUAGAAAUAAUGAAAUUAAUAAGAUAAUUAAUGAAAAUAAAAACAUAAAUUUAAAUGAUUAUAUUAUAAAUAGUUAUCCAAUUCAAUUUAUUCAAAAAAAUGAUAUUUUAGUAUUUUAUGAAGGAAUGACUUUGUUAAUUGAUGGAAUAAAAAUUAAUAAUGAAAUUUCUUGUGUUGAUGAAAGCAUGAUAAGUGGUGAAAAGAAAUUAAUUAAAAAAUAUAAAGGAGACAAAGUAUAUGCUGGCUCAAAGUGUGUUGAAGGAAUAAUUGUUUUAUAUAUUAACGACAUAUCAAAAGGAAAUUAUAUAGAAUAUGUUAGGAAAACAUUAGAUGAAAUAAAUUGCAAGAAAACUAAUUUACAAUUAUAUGCAGAUAAAAUUGCUAAUAUAUUUAUACCAUCUAUAUUACUAUUGUGUUUUAUUGUAUUUUUUAUUUGGUUUUUUUUAACUUUUUAUGAUUAUGUAAAUAUAAAAAAAGAUAAUUAUUUUAAAUUAAGCAAGUUUCUUUCAUGUAUGCUUUUUUCUAUUCAUUUUUCUUUAUCUAUUUUAUGUGUUGCUUGUCCAUGUGCAGUUGGAUUAGCUAGCCCCUUAUCAAUAGCUAUCAGUUCAUAUAUAUGUAGCAAUAUUGGCAUAAUUAUAAAAAAUAUAAAUAUUUUUGAAGUUUUUUUGCAAUGUAACCACUUUAUUUUUGAUAAAACUGGUACCUUAACAGUUGGUAAGCCAGUUGUAAAUAAAAUAUAUAUUUCUAAUAAUAUAGAUAUUUUCCUAGAUCAAUUAUUAAAAAAUUUUACUAAUAAUAAUAUUUCAAUCAAUUUUACUGAUAUAAUAACUAAUGAUAUAGAAUAUAUUUCGAAAAAAGAAAAUAAUAUGAAUAAGAAAUACAAACAAAAUAAUAAAAAUAACAUCUACAAUAACUCAUUUCCUAUAAAUGAUUGUAAUAAUAAAGUGUUUGAUAAAAGAUACGAUAAUGAAAAUGAUUUUAAUAAUAAUUCCGUAGAAAAAAAGCAGAGUAGCAUUUCAUGUGAUGAUUAUUCUAAUGGCAUAGUUAUGGAAGAUAGUUUCGUAAUAAACAAGAAUUUUGAUAUUUUUUAUGAAAACAAAGAAAUGAAGAAAAAGUAUAGAAAACGAGAAAGACAUAAUAAUAAUACUUUAAAUUUUAUAGAAAGUUUUAGUUGUUCCAAUAAAAAUGUCACAUUUUAUUCUUUUACUACAAAAAAGGAAUAUUUUAAAAUUGAAAUAAAAGAAUUAGAAAAGAAAAAUAGGAAUAAAACAAGUCAGCGCACUUUGGUUAAACAAAAAGCUGAUUAUUCUAAAGGUGGAAAAUCUAUUUUAAAUAAUUUGGCAUCAUUUAUAACGGAAAAAAAAAAAAAAGAAAAAUAUAACAAAAUAUUAGAUAACUCGUUGAAAGAGCAUUUUAUAAAUUAUUCUGACAGUUAUUGUUCAUCUAAUGACGACUCAUAUUAUAGUGAAACCAGUAAUGACUAUGAUUAUACACAUAACUACGAUAAAAUAAACGGAAUUAGAAUAUGUGAAGAUAAAAAUAUUAUAAAUGAUAAUGAUAUAAAAAAUAACAUAACUGAAGGAAAUGAAUAUUUUAAACAUAAUUCUCAUUUUGAUGAUAAGAGUAAUUUAAGGGAAAAAAUUAGUAAUUGGUUGUAUUUAUUUAUAAGUUUGAGUUUAAAUAUUGAAAAAUAUAGUAAUCAUUUAUUUGCUGAAUCUAUAAAUGCAUUUAUAAAUAACAAUUUCCACAUAAAAGAAAAAUUUGAAGUUUUCAAUUUGAUAAAUGAAAAAAAUCAAGGAAUUAAUUGUAUUAUAAAUGAUUUAUCAAUAACCAUUGGUACACUAUUUUACUGUUUUACAAAAUAUAAAAAUACUUUUUGUUGUAAACCGGAAUUAGAACAGGAAAAAUUAAGUAUAAAGAAUAUGGAAAAAUAUUUAUAUUCUUGUGAUUGUAAUGUUCACAAAACAUAUCAAUUUUUAUAUAAUUAUUCUAAUAGUAAAAAAAAUGAAGGAAAUAAUAUUAUUUUUAUGUGCAUAGAAGGUAUAAUAAUUGGCUUCUUUACAUUGGUUGAUAGCAUUAAACCAGAAGUUUUUGACUUAAUAAAAUAUUUAAAAAAAAAAAAGAAAAAAGUAUAUAUAUGUACUGGAGAUAAUUAUAUGAAUGCUCUUUAUAUUUCAAAAAUUUUGGGAAUAUCGAAAGAAAAUAUUUCUUCCAAUACUUUACCAUUAGAAAAAGUUCAUUUUGUAAAAAAAAUAAAAUCAUUAAAUGAUGGCAAAGUUUGUAUGAUCGGAGAUGGAAUAAAUGAUUGUUUUGCACUUAAAAGUGCUGAUUUAGGAUUAUCAUUAAGUACUAGAUCAAAUGUGGUAAUGGAUAGUGCUGAUGGUUGUAUAGUUGAUAAUAAUAUAAAUGUUAUAUCGAAAUUAUUUGAAAUAAGUAAAAAAACAUUACUCGUAAUAAAAUUUAAUUUUUUAUUUUCAUUCUUUAUCAACAUCUUUUUUAUUUUAUUGGCAAGUGGGGCUUUUUAUUCUUUAAAUUAUGUUUUUUCACCAUUUCUUUUUACAUUCUUAAUGUUUUGUAGCUCAAUUAUUGUCAUUUUAUCUUCUUUAUCUUUAAAAUUGUUUCUAAGGAAUAUAUAA